UCACGCCACCAUCGGUCGCUCUCUCAAUCAAUCCCUGGCCGCGAGUAGCAUCCGCUCCCCUUUUCCAUCCCGCCGACUGCGCCGCCACCCCGUUCCGUACAUCCUCCUCCUCCGUCAUCGGCGGCGGUGGCUUGGUUUUUCCCUCGCUUGGUCGGCGCGUUCUCCAAUCGCUCGACCUCUUUCCCUCUUUUUGAAGGGCCCAGGAUCCGAAGAAAGAAACCCUAAAUCCGAAGCCAAUCCAAGAACCGACGGGAUCAGGCAAACGCAAGAGGCGCGGAGGGACUCCCUCCGGUCCUUCCUCUUAGGUUGUAUCAGCAGUUGUAUUGCUGAAAGCAUUUAGAGCUUGUUUAUCUUGGGUGAUAAGAGGUCUCCGUCUAAGUAGUUUACGUGAAAUGGAGAUACAAACAUCUGGCAAACCUAUUGAUAGUUUGCUAGAGAAGGUUCUUUCAAUGAACAUUCUAUCUUCAGAUUAUUUCAAAGAACUUUACAGAUUGAAGACUUACCAUGAAGUUAUAGAUGAGAUCUACAACCAAGUUGAUCAUGUGGAACCAUGGAUGACUGGAAAUUGCAGAGGUCCUUCCACAGCAUUUUGUCUCCUGUACAAGUUCUUCACAAUGAAACUCACUGUCAAGCAAAUGCAUGGACUUUUGAAGCAUCCUGAUUCUCCUUAUAUUAGAGCUAUUGGUUUCCUCUACCUGCGCUAUGUUGCAGAUCCAAAGACAUUAUGGACUUGGUAUGAGCCAUACAUCAAGGAUGAUGAGGAAUUCUCUCCUGGUUCUAAUGGUCGACUUACGACAAUGGGGGUAUAUGUGCGUGAUCUUCUUCUUGGUCAGUACUACUUUGACACACUUUUCCCACGUGUCCCUGUUCCCGUUGUGCGCCAAAUUGUUGCUAACCUGGAGAAACUGAAGCUCCCCACCAAGCAUUGUGGUGUCACUGGAGAAACUAGUCGGCAGGGCUCAGAUGAUAUUGCCCGUCGCCCUCCUUCAGUAAAAGCUGCUUUGUCAGUCUCAUUUGGUCAGCGUGCUCCACACCGUGCAUCCACCAGGGACUCUUCGCCGGUCAGAAGGAACUUAGGUCCCAUACACGAAAGGAGUGAUGGUGAUGACCAUCGAAGAUCAUCUCCUAGCAUUCGUCGCAGUAGUAGCCGUGACCGACAUGACCGUGAUCGCUCAGAUCGUGACCGUGACCAUGAUCGAGAUCAUCGUGAUCGAGACCGUCGAGACCAUCACCGUGAUCGAGACCACUCAGAACGUGACCGGGGAAGGGACUCUGAGCGAAGGCAUGAACAUGAGCGGCGUGGUGAUCGUGAUAGAGAUUCCCAUCGAUCCAAGCACUCAGAGAGGGAUUCUGGGAGAAGGGACCAUGAAAGGAGUGGGCGAGAUGCUGAUGAGUAUAGACACUCCAACUCUAGACGAAGCAGAAGCAGAAGUAGGAGCAGGAGUCGUAGCAUCCAUACCCGUGGUGCAGAUCGCCCUAGUCCUUUCGGAGAUGAAAAUAAAGAGAAGACAAAGGCUGUUUCAAGCAAUCUGGCAAAGUUGAAAGAUUUAUAUGGUGAUGGAAGUGACAAGAAAAGCAAUGAAACUGCCGAUAGGCUGUGCAAAGAUACCAGCACUGAAGAGGUUAUCAGACUUGGGGGUUCCACAUGGAGAUGAAGCCAAUUGAAUUUGAUUUGGAAUGAUGUUAUUUUGUAAUAUCUACUUGGGGUAUUAUAGUAAACACAUUUUGGAAUUAGUUGUUGGAAACUAAAUCACCUUGGGGAUGAAAUCUGAGACUUCCCUAUGUUGGUCUUCUUCGGACUAAUCUAUUAGUGCCUGCCUGCCUUUUCCAGGAGAAACAUGCAUGAUGCAAGAAAUGUAUGAUUGAAAUUAAGAUUUA